CGGAAUAGCAUCAUUCGUCGGUGUUCUGCAGUAAGACACAGGUCGAAUCGACAACCAGUGUAGUGUCAGUAGCUAGCGAGCAACAAGUGUACAACUCUAGUGCCUCUAACCUUUAUCGUGUCUCCGUGUGUGGCUUUGAGCUUCCUCCACAUCUAUACGCACCCGUCUCAUCAUAAUGAAGAUCUUCAUUGUGCUGUCCGUGGCGUUGGCAGUCGCAGCCGGUGCCGCCGUCGAAGGGGGCAAGGCGAAGCGGGGCGUCUGGGACUUUGGGUCCGGCCACGAGUCGUCCUUCAGCAGCGGCGGUGACUUUGGCGGGCACGACUUCGGCGGACUCCACAAGGAGGAGGAGCACGUGAAGCAUGUGACGAUCGUGAAGAAGGUCCCGGUCCCGUACCCGGUCGAGGUGACGAAGCAUGUGCCGGUGGAGGUGAAGGUACCGUACCCGGUCGAGGUGGAGAAGAAGGUCCCGGUGUACGUGGAGAAGAAGGUGCCGGUCGUGGUCGAGAAGAAGGUCCAUGUGGACCGGCCCGUCCCGUACCCGGUGAAGGUCCCGGUCAAGGUGCCCGUCAUCCACAAGGAGUACGUCGAGGUGCCGAAACCGUACCCGGUGCAUGUGGAGAAGCCGGUCCCGGUCUACAUCAAGAAGCCGGUGUACAUCGAGAAGACGGUGCCCGUUUCGAUCCACAUCAAGAAGAAGUCCCACUGGCACUGAGCCGCGAGAAGGGGCGAGGAGUUCCUACUUUUGAGGUUUUGGAGGGUUAAGUUGUUGUAAAUAAAUAGACUCACUAGAGAGAGAGAUACGUACACCGUGCUCUGUCUGGCUCUGAUAGACAUGGUGAAAUAUUAAAA